AUCUUCCUCAUUCUCUUCUUUGGUCUAUUACGAAAUAUUUACAACGUCAUGCGUUAUUUAAAGAUACCAUGCGAAGCUCCAGUUCAAAUCUGCACCAUUUUUAUGUAUUAAAAUUUGGCUUCUCAUCAGUUGCUUCGGGACUGUGAUUGUGGGUUAACGUGUUAAAGUUUGAAUAAAAAACUUAAGAAUUAUUUGAUCAUGUCCCUUGUUUGGCUAUUAAUUGCUUUGGUGGCAAUUGUUUGGCUUGCCAUAAAGUAUGGACUGAAGAAUCAACACUUCUUCCGAGAACGAGGAAUUAAAUUCAUCAAGCCAUUGCCAUAUUUUGGAGAUUCGGUUGCUAUUUUCUUCAAUCAAGAGAACCUCUUAGAUUAUUCCAUCAGAGUGUGCAAUGAAUUCCGCAGAGAAAAAAUUUUUGGAACAUUUAGUGCUAUGACUCCAACGGUUAUUAUACGCGAUCCAGAUAUACUAAAGCAACUUACCAUCAAGGAAUUCGAUCAUUUUUCUGACCAUCAACCUUUUGGUCCAAAGGAACUAGAUCCUCUCUUCUCGAACUCUCUAUUCCUACUUGAAGGACAGAAAUGGCGGGAAAUGCGAACAACUCUUAGCCCAGCAUUUACAGGAAGUAAAAUGCGACUUAUGAGUGCUCUCAUUGUGGAAAUUUGUGAACAAAUGGUUGAGUAUUUGAAGACAGAAGCAAAGGAAAAAGGACCUCAAACACAUGAAAUGAAGGAUUUAUUUGCCAGAAUUGCUACGGAUAUUAUUGGCACUUGUGCUUUUGGGAUUAAAGUUGAUUCACUGAAAGACAAAGACAAUAAGUUCUACAAGAGUGGCAAAGAAGUAUUCGAUCUGACAUCCACAACUCUAGCAAUGAAAUUCAUAGCUUUGAGAGUAUGUCCAAGCUUAAUGCGACUUUGUGGAAUAACGCUUUUUGAUGAGACCUACAGAGGUUUUUUGAAGGAUUUGGUUUUGAAUAACAUGAAGACACGUCAAGAGAAGAAUAUCGUUCGUCCCGAUAUGAUAAAUCUUCUCAUUGAAGCUCAGAAAGGAACACUUGAACACUCCUCAAAUGAAAAGGACUCCGUUGGAUUUGCAACAGUUGAGGAAUCUCAAACUGCUAAAGUUACCAAGAAGACAUCAUGGACUGAUGAUGAAAUUGUUUCUCAAUGCUUCCUCUUCUUCUUGGCUGGCUUUGAAACUUCCUCAACUGUCCUAUCCUUUGUGUCUUAUGAAAUUGCGCGGAAUCUUGACAUUCAAGAGAAACUCUACGAGGAAGCUAAAACUUUUUAUGAUGAAUUGAAAGGGAAACCUCUCACCUAUGAUGCAUUGCAGAAGAUGAAAUACCUGGAUAUGGUGGUAUCAGAAACUCUAAGAAUUUGGCCUCCGGUUCCAAUCAUCGAUCGUUUCUGCACAAAGGAUUUCACAUUGGAGUAUGAAGAAGGAAAAUUCUAUACCUUUCGCAAGGGUGAAGCUUUCUGGAUUCCUUGCGGUGACAUUCACUUUGAUCCUGAAAAUUACCCUGAUCCUAAAAAAUUCGAUCCCGAACGCUUUAGUGAUGAGAAUAAGAAUUCAAUUAAACCAUUGACUUACAUGCCUUUUGGACUUGGACCCAGAAAUUGCAUAGGUUCUCGGUUUGCGCUUAUGGAAGUGAAAUCUCUAAUUUUUUACCUGAUCGUUAAUUUUCAUUUCGAUUUAUCGGACAAGACAGAAGUUCCUUUGAUUCUAGCAGGAUCUAUGGUGGGAAUUAAGGCAAAAAAAGGCGUUUGGGUCAAGUUCCGCCCACGAGAAUGAACUCAAAACCAAAAAAAUCUAAGUUGCCAAAUUAAGCUUGUUUCAAACUUUAAAAAAAUUUAAAAUUUUUUAUAAAUCGUUAAUUUUAUCAAGAUAUUCUUUCUGUAAUACAUUAAUUAAUGUAAAUCAAUCUACUGCUUAUGUAUACGAAUUAUUUUUCCAAAUAAAUAUUUACAAAUCACCUAAA